AGCGCUUAUCCGUUCUCACGUUCACGUUUUCUCUUAUUUAUUUCUGGCCAAUCAUCGCACUCCACAACCACAUUACUUAACCGGCUCUCGGUUAUGAAGAAGUGUAUGACGAAGGGACCUGAAAUACAUUCCUGGAUCAAUAUUAUUUGGCAUGCAUCUAGAUGUCCGAAAUAAUACAUUCCUGACUAUUUACUUAAAUUUUAUUGUCUGUGUUUUCUAAAAAAUUUAAUUGUUGUUCUUUAAUUCUAAAAGCUGUGAAGUUUAAUUAGGCUUACAUUUACGUAUUUGGAUCAAAAAGUAUUUGUCUAGUAGCCGUGUUGCCAGCUGGCAAAGUGGGUUUUUGAAUGAGGUUUUCUGUGUACAAUUUAAAGUGAACCUGUCCAUAAAUGUGUAUGUGAAUCUGAAAUCAUCUAUUGCAUUUAUUUAUAUUUGUGGCAUUUAUUCCAUGCAAUAUAAAGACUAUGGAAGUUGCUCAUACUAAAACUGUGGAAGAAAUUCUACAAUCUUUUGGAACAGAUCCUGAACGAGGUCUUUCAGAAGCACAAGUUAGAAAUCUCCAAGAAAAACAUGGCCUAAAUGAGUUGCCUGCUGAAGAAGGAAAACCUCUCUGGCAGCUUAUUCUGGAGCAGUUUGAUGACUUAUUAGUUAAAAUUUUACUCUUGGCAGCAAUAAUCUCAUUUGUUUUAGCAUUAUUUGAAGAACAUGAGGGGCAGAUUACAGCAUUUGUUGAACCAUUUGUUAUUUUACUCAUUCUCAUUGCAAAUGCUGUUGUUGGAGUAUGGCAAGAGAGAAAUGCUGAGAGUGCAAUUGAGGCGCUAAAGGAAUAUGAACCUGAGAUGGGAAAAGUGAUAAGACAAGAUAAACAGGGUGUGCAGCGAAUACGUGCAAAAGAUAUAGUUCCUGGAGAUCUAGUUGAAAUUUCUGUUGGUGACAAAGUGCCUGCAGAUAUUAGAUUGGUAAAAAUAUAUUCUACAACUCUUAGGGUGGAUCAAUCUAUAUUGACUGGUGAGUCUAUUUCUGUGAUUAAGCAUACUGAUCCCAUUCGAGAUUUAAAAGCUGUGAAUCAAGAUAAGAAGAAUAUCCUCUUCUCAGGCACAAAUAUUGCUGCUGGUAAAGCUAAAGGCAUUGUCAUUGGAACAGGUCUAGAAACUGCAAUAGGAAAGAUCCGUACCGAAAUGUCUGAAACAGAAGAAGUGAGAACUCCUUUGCAACAAAAAUUGGAUGAGUUUGGUGAACAGUUGUCUAAAGUAAUUUCUGUAAUUUGUGUUGCUGUGUGGGCUAUUAAUAUCGGACAUUUCAAUGAUCCUGCUCAUGGGGGAUCUUGGAUUAAGGGUGCUGUGUAUUAUUUUAAAAUUGCUGUUGCCCUAGCUGUAGCAGCCAUUCCAGAAGGGCUCCCUGCUGUUAUUACUACUUGUUUAGCCUUAGGUACUCGAAGGAUGGCUAAAAAGAAUGCAAUUGUAAGAUCUUUACCAUCUGUAGAGACAUUGGGUUGUACUUCUGUCAUAUGUUCUGAUAAAACCGGUACAUUAACAACUAACCAGAUGUCAGUUAAUAAAAUGCUAAUUGUUGACAAAAUUGACAGUGAUGCUCGGUUUCAUGAAUUUGAAAUUACUGGCUCAACAUAUGAACCUAUUGGAGAUGUAUUUUUACGGGAGCAAAAAGUGCGUCCUUCAGACUUUGAAGCAUUGAUUGAACUGGCAACGAUUUGUGUGAUGUGUAAUGAUUCUAGCAUAGAUUAUAAUGAGUAUAAACAACAAUUUGAAAAGGUGGGAGAGGCUACUGAAACUGCCUUGGUUGUGUUAGCAGAAAAAAUGAAUCCUUUCAAUUAUCAAAAAACUGGUUUAAGCAGGCGUGAUGCAGCUGUUUGCGUGAAUCAAGGUAUCAAUACGAUGUGGAAAAAAGAAUUCACUUUGGAAUUUUCAAGAGAUCGCAAAUCAAUGAGCACAUACUGCACUCCUUUGAAAUCAACACGCCUAGGAGCUGGACCUAAAAUGUUUGCAAAAGGAGCACCUGAAUGUAUAUUAGAUCGUUGUUCUCAUGUUCGAGUAGGUAGUACAAAAGUUCCACUGACGCCUCAGAUUAAAAACAAAAUAUUGGAUAUCACUAAACAAUAUGGUACUGGCAAAGAUACUCUGCGUUGCCUAUCUCUUGCAACAAUAGACACUCCAAUAAAACCCUCUGAUAUGGAUUUAUCAGAUUCUACCAAAUUUAUUUCUUAUGAGACUGGAAUGACGUUUGUUGGAGUUGUUGGCAUGUUAGAUCCACCUAGGAAAGAGGUGAAAGAUGCCAUUUUGCGUUGCAAAGCUGCUGGUAUUCGAGUUAUCGUAAUUACUGGUGACAACAAGGCUACUGCAGAAGCUAUUUGUAGAAGAAUUGGUGUGUUUGAUGAGGAUGAAGAUACAUCUGGAUUAUCCUUUUCUGGAAGGGAAUUUGAUGAACUAGCUCCAUCUGAGCAGAAAUUGGCUUGCAGGAGAGCAAAGCUUUUCUCCAGAGUUGAACCAGCACAUAAGAGCAAAAUCAUUGAAUUUCUUCAAGGAGAUGGUGAAAUUUCAGCUAUGACUGGUGAUGGUGUUAAUGAUGCUCCUGCCCUAAAAAAAGCAGAAAUCGGUAUAGCCAUGGGAUCUGGAACAGCUGUUGCAAAAUCUGCAUCGGAAAUGGUAUUGGCUGAUGAUAAUUUCUCUACUAUUGUGGCAGCUGUGGAAGAAGGUCGAGCUAUUUAUAACAACAUGAAGCAAUUUAUUCGUUAUUUGAUAUCCUCAAACAUCGGAGAAGUAGUGAGUAUUUUCUUAACUGCUGCUCUUGGACUUCCUGAAGCUCUAAUUCCUGUUCAGUUGCUGUGGGUGAAUCUGGUUACUGAUGGUUUGCCAGCUACUGCAUUAGGCUUCAAUCCUCCUGAUCUGGACAUUAUGGAAAGACCACCACGCAAAGCAGAUGAAUCCUUAAUAUCUGGUUGGCUUUUCUUUAGGUACAUGGCCAUUGGAGGUUAUGUGGGAGCUGCAACUGUAGGUGCUGCAUGUUGGUGGUUUAUGGCUGCCCCAGAUGGGCCACAUUUGAGUUACUAUCAACUUACUCAUCAUCUCGGUUGUAACCAGGACCCGGAUAAUUUUGUCGGAGUGGACUGUAAUAUUUUCUCAGAUCCUCACUCCAUGACUAUGGCACUUUCUGUGCUUGUGACAAUUGAAAUGCUCAAUGCUUUAAAUAGCUUAUCAGAAAACCAAUCUUUAGUUUUGAUGCCACCUUGGACAAAUUUGUGGUUGAUUUCUGCUAUCACUUUAUCUAUGACUUUGCAUUUCAUCAUUCUCUAUGUUGAUAUACUCUCAGCUGUAUUUUCUGUCUGCCCGUUGUCCGUCACAGAAUGGCUGGUGGUACUCAAAAUCUCAUUUCCUGUCAUCAUCCUUGAUGAAACCAUGAAGUUCUUCUCUAGGAAAUUCAAUGAAGGCCGAAAUCCCUUCACUGAACUGCAUUGGAUGCUUGCAAUCUGGGCUGUAUAUAUUGCCCUAAUGAUAUAUUCCCCUAUUUAGGCGAUCUGUGAUAGCAAUUAGGAAAAAAAACAAACUGAAAGCAUUACAUCAAAUUUCAUCAUGACAAACAUUAAAUGUUGUAAGAAGUUUUAACAUUUCCCCCCCCUAAAUUAACGCUCACUUAAAACAUCUUUUUGUGAGCUUUAUUGCCAACCAUAGAGAACACAGAAAUUUGCAUCCUGUUCUAAUGGAACUGUAGAGUUUGAGCAUUUUAUUAAUAAUUUGAACUGGAGUCUUGUAGACUGAAUGUUUUUAUUUAUUUCUCUUUUUCUUUACCAUUAAUAUUUAUAAAAUAGUAUUUUAUUUUAUUUUACAUGUUUCAUUUGCUUUUCUUUCUCACCACAUUCAGCAUUUUCUUUGUAUAGAUAUUAUUUCUGUUAUUUAUUUUUCUGUUACAGAAAUUGGUUUGGAUGAAAAUAAGAUCAAUUAUGAAGUACAACUAAACUUAAAUAGUUUUUAUCUAAUGAGCAUUUUACUUAUAGUAAUUGGGAUCUAACAUUCCAUUAAAGUUAAUAGGAAUGGCUUGGAAAUUUUGUUUGUCUUUAAUAUUAUUAUUUUAGCCAAAAUUUUUUUGAAGCGUAUAAAUUGAACAUAUCUUUGUUUUGAAUGCAUUUUCUUUAAGAAAAAAAAGUACCAAAGAUUUUUAUCAGUUUAUAAUUUUUUUUUCUAGCAUUAAAUUUUUGAGCAGAAUGUGAUUUUUUUUAAUUUUAUAGUUUUUGAAAAAUUGCAUUUAUUUUGAGAGCAAGUUCUUACCAAUGCCAAUUUGCGAUUAAAAUUUUUACUUUUGAAAAGCUUAAAAAAGAAUACCUAAAACCUGCCAAUAUUAUUUGAAAGGCAAAAUUUUGGUUUUAAAUAUAUUUGAAUACCCAGCCUACUUAUUUAAUUAAGUUAACCUAUUAUGUAUUUAAUACCUACUUAAAGCAACUUUCACCCUUUAAUGUUUAUGGCUGUGCACAAUAACUUCUUUUUAGUUUAUUAUUUAUUGCACAAAAUGUGGAUUUUACUAUGCAUCGACCUUCAUCUACAUUCUAUAUAGCAUAUGAAAGUACAACUGACAUGGGAAUAAAUACUCAAAGAAAAUUUAUGCGUAUUUAUGAAAGAAUGUCCUGCUUUAUAACUAAUCCCCGAUAUCUGUGAAACUGAUGAGCAUUGAUGAAAUUUAACGUGAUGAAAUGGCAAAAAAAAAAUUAUGCGAAGGGUUUAUGUAACUUUUUGUCUCAUUCAAACAAAAAUCUCCAAUAGAGAAACAAAAUGUUACCUUUUAGAUCUGCCGUUACUUGAAAUAAACAAGUAAAAAAAAGUGUAUAGUUAUUUAAAUGUGCCUCUUGUAAUUUCUCCUCGGAACAUAUAGAAAUAAAAAAACUAUUACCAUCCCACCAUGUAUACAACGUUAGCCUUUUAUACAUUUUUGCAAUUCAUGUUAAUGCAGUAAUAAUGUUUAGGUCUACAGCUUUGCAAGCAGAACAUCGAUAUUUAUCUGUAAAUAUAUUAAACUGAAAAUGAAUUUAUAGCAUGUAUUAAACUUAUCCUUCAUCCUCAAAAUGUGUGCUGUUUUCCUGAAUUUAAUGUGGUUUCUAUUUCUUCCUCCCUUUUAUUGCCUGUUAUGUGUUUUCAUAACUAUUUAUGUAGAGCAGAACAUAUAUAUAUAUAACAAUCCCAUGCAAUAAAUUCUUUAACAACUGUUAAGAUAAAUAUUGUAUAUUUAUAGGGAGCCUUGUGUUUCCUUACGCAGAAAUCAGGUUUUUAUAAAUGAGUAUUACAAAUAUUUGUUGGCUGAAUUUUGUGGGAACUCUCCUGUAAAUCACAAUUAUCAGUUCAGAAAAUAAAGUUUUACAGUUAAA